AUGUCUUUACAAAGGCUCAUGCGACAGAGCAGCAAUGGCAACUUGGUGGACUACUGCGCUGGUCCCGCGUAUAGCUCUUACUCCCCACUCAUGGGCAGCUUCCGAAUGGAUGAUAAUAGAAGGAUUCAAAUGCUGGCAGACACCGUGGCUACUUUGCCUCGGGGAAGAAAGCAGCUUGCUUUGACGAGAUCAAGUUCUUUAGGCGACUUUUCCUGGUCUCAAAGAAAGCUCGUUACUGUGGAAAAACAAGAUAAUGGGACGUUUGGAUUUGAAAUUCAGACUUACAGGCUGCAGUGCUCCUCAGAGAUGUGCACUCUGAUUUGCAAAAUCCAGGAGGACAGCCCAGCACACUAUGCUGGCCUACAAACUGGUGAUGUCCUUGCAAAUAUCAAUGGCGUGAACACAGAAGGCUUUACCCACAAACAAGUUGUUGACCUGAUCAGAUCUUCAGGAAACCUGCUAACGAUAGAGACUCUUAACGGAACAAUGAUUCUCAAAAGAGCAGAGCUUGAAGCAAAGCUGCAAGUUUUAAAGCAAACCUUAAAGAAAAAAUGGGUGGAGUUCAGAUCUCUGCAGUUACAGGAACAGCGUCUGCUUCAUGGUGACACAGAUAACUGCCCAAGUUUGGAAAACAUGGACGUAGACGAGUCGGUUUUGUUUGGAACCCUGCCCGGGCCGGGCGCAGCCCUCCUGGACCGGAAUCGACUGUCCAGUGAGAGCAGCUGUCUGAGCUCCAUGACGAUGGACAGCGAGGACGGCUACCAGACGUGUGUGUCUGAGGACUCAAGCAGGGGAGGCUUCAGCCGACAGACGAGCACAGAUGAUGAGUGCUUUGUCCCCAAGGAUGGGGACGAUUUCCUGAAGAGGUCUUCUUCUUCGAGGAGGAACCGAAGUGUUAGUACUGCCAGCAGUGGGUCCAUGUCCCCCUUGUGGGAGGGCAACUUCUCAAACAUGUUUGGGACCCUGCCCCGGAAAAGCAGAAGGGGAAGUGUUCGGAAACAACUCUUAAAAUUCAUCCCUGGCCUUCACCGUGCGGUGGAAGAGGAAGAGAGUCGCUUUUGACGGGUUGUCCUGACCUUUUGUAUUCGCUUAUUUCAUAAAUAUCUCUAGACUUGUUUAGAUUAACUCCACCCAGCCUGGUGGGUAAUUGCAGACGGAUUGCAAAACUGAAACCCCAUCCCAUGACGGUAGUGACCUUUAUUUAAAUUUUUGUAUCAUAAGUUUUGCUUCUUAAAUCAUUUUUUUAACCAGAAAAGCUCAGGUUAUAAACAGAAAGUAGAGGAAUUAAGUAAUAAGUUGGAUAAUAUAACCAAUGCACAUUCCUGCUCAUUCUAAUGCUACCUGGGAAGGCAAGGGUAAUAUUUAUUUUCUAGAUUAUGUGAAAAAUUGAGAACUUUUCAGAGUCAAGUGUAAGGAAAAGAGUGAUGGAAUAUAAUUGUUCGGGAUACCUUCCCUAGGUUCAUUGAUAGGUCAUAAAACUUUGCUUAAGAUCAGCAGCCUCCGGAGAGGCUUAGUAAUAAGUCAUUCUGAAUGUUUCUGUUUACAUCUGGGAAGGAUUGUAAACAAACAGGAUCAUCAGCUUCGUUUCACAUCCGCAGCAACAAUACAGCCGGAAGUAUAAGAUUCAAUAUGAGGGUUUGGGAUCCAUGGGAACAUGUUGUCUAAGGUGGGUGUUGAGCAAGAUUAUGAUUAGGGCUUUUUCACAGACAGCCUAAGCAAAAUGGCUGAGAAUGUCAUUCUUACUCGAUUCCAUUUUUGUUCUGCCUAAACAAUGAUGGCAAGUCUAGAAUUCUCAAGAUCCUGCAUACGGCUUUGGAAUUGUUUUUGGUGCAAAUGUCUGAAAUUUGAAAAAUUAGAGCCAGGAAAAGGAUUUUCUUCCUGUAGAUUUUUUUCACAUUACUCCUCACUUUAAAUUAUGUAUUCCAAGCAAUUAUUGCCUCGGCACUCAUUUGCCUAUUGGUUAUGUUGGUAUCACAUUACUUCUGGCCUUUCUAUCACAUUUUUAUUCAGUACCCACUCAAGUCCAUGAUUUCUCUGUUCUGGUGAUACAGCUGCUCAUGGCCUAUAUUCUAGAGUAGAUAAUGCGACAAUGUAAUAAAUAGUCCUUAUUGAUUUAAAGCUGCGUGUGUGUGUGUUUGGGAGAAAUAGAGACAUUUGAUAGGUGACUUUGAGUGUAACCACACUUAAAUAAAUUGAGUAAAAAAUGAGUCAUUUUAAGAAAAAAAGGGGAGAGUAAGGAAGCUUGUAAGGUAAGAAAUGAAUAUUAAAAUAAAAUAUAAAAAGAUUUCUAACUGGAACCUGCUUUCUAUUAAUUUUUUGAAUCCCAGAUUAUCCAGGGGGCUCUGCUUGGGAAUCAUUCAUAUGAAAAGCAGUGUGCAGUGUUUCUCAGAACAAUAACAAUGCUGUCUACCAUUUACCAAAUACCCAGCAGGUUAAAGAUGCUUUCCAUGUGAUCCAGAAAGAACUGCGUUAGAGAGGUGUUGGCCUUAGAGAUAAGGAGCAGGAAUUCGGAGAAAUUCCCAUGGCCAAUAGCAGGAUGAAAUUGGAAGCCAAUUCUUUCUGGCUCUGGCCUAGUCUCAAUCGCUCUAGAUAUUGUUUAUUCUUUUGCCGGUUGUGAGGUCAUCCCCACAGGACCUCCCCCUACCCCCCAACCCCCACCCCUCAUGGAAUACUUAAAACACACAACUGUAGAUACCACAUGGAUAAAAAUUGUCUUUGGUUAAUAAGAGAACAAACAGACAUUUAGAAUGAGUCUUUCUCUUGGCUUCCACAAGCAAGUUUUCAAAUAUAGUCACAUUAAUAACUGCAUGGUUAACAUUACAACAAAGGCUCGCAAGUCCAAGUUGUGAUUGGACCGACACUACUUAUUUCCCAUCAUAGACUAGAAUUAUCAUGUCAAAGAUCUGCUUCCAUGAAUGCAAUAUAUCUUGUUAUUCCCAUUUUGCCAAAUCAGGGGAAAGAAAUUCCCCCAUUUAUUUGAGGAAAGUUGACUUUAAAUUCUUCUACAACAUGAUCAGUGUUUCGAGAACUUCCACAAGUCAUCUGGGAAAGCAGAUUAUAGGUCAUUUGCCUUUCUCAUGGCUUGAAGCCUUAAAUAUAGUGUAAUUCUUCCUCCUUACAGUAAAUAUCACCCCCAAAAUGGUGCAGGAAAGGGACAGAGCAAGUUUCACUGUAGUCUGAGGUAAGAAGAAAUAGAGGCAAGAGUUUGAGAUGUUCUGGAAAAAAAAGAAAAGCAGUUUUUAACCAAAGUACAGGAAGGAAGGGUAUGUGAUGUUUUGUGUGUUCACAAGUUGUAAGAAAACUAUUGUUUAGUGGAAAUGUGGGCAAAUUUCUCACAGCACAGCUUUUCAGACUAUCUGACCUCAAUGGGGCUUUAGAAGAUUUCAUUUCUCUAAUCUUCUGGGGCACAAUGACUCACUUUGAUGUAACUUACUGGGAAAAGAAUUGAAAAGUGAAGUGUUUUGUUUUUUGCUUACCCCCAGAUUGUCAAAUAUGUGAUAUUGGUGGAUUUCAUUAAUUUGACAAUUGGUUAUGCAAAUGCAUUUUUGUAGUAUGGCAUUGAUAAACCAAAUUCAAAUCAAGCGUAUUGAGAAUUACUUUGUCCUGUGGCUAAAGGAACACCACCUACCAUGUCAAACAGGUUGGUACUCUAUUUUUUGAAAUGAUCUUUUAUUCAUCACUUUCUACUUUGCUGUACUUUUAUAUCUUCGUUGCAUGUACAAACAGUAUUAAAAAUCCUAGUUGGAACUGAAGAAAUCAAACUUGGGUGUAGUUUUGUGUGUACUGAUCAUAUAGUCUAAGUAUUUAUGGAUGUAUGUAAUCUAAGCAUAGUAAAUACUACAUAAGAACUAUAUUGAACCCUUCAGAUCUCAAGAUUAUUGGACUUUAUAGCCAUUUCCUUACAGAAAUAUGGGCAAUAAAAAAAUCGAUACUUUUCUGAAAUAAAGAAUGCUAUUUUUCAGUGUCA